GUUAAAUUAACAAAUAAAAUACUUACAUUUAUCCUUGUGCCACAACCAACGGAAAUAUUUCAUUUGAAAUGUCGUCAUGAGCCGAAACCACGGAAGCUUGACUCUAUUUUCGUGACGAAACCAACCAUGACUUGUUUACACAUGAUCAGCUGAGUAGCGCGAACGUAGUGAGUAGCGAGGAACAGAUUAGAAUGUGAAUCCUAUUGGUGAAUAAUGACCGCAGGAAAUAUGCCAUAGUGAGCCACUUCAUAAUAAUCUUGAUUGAAUGCUGAAAAAAAAAAUUGAAGGACGUAAAAGAAGACAAAGAAAUUACCAACGAAGGGAUUCAAAACGUAAAAAGGCCCAUCUGAUACAUCAUUCUGCUUGUUGCCUUUCUAAUCCCAAUACAUAGCUGUAGAUCACACAGCACCUCAUCACCUGCAGUCUUCAUCAUUGUCAUGGGUGCAGCAUCUUCACACACCACAUCACUGUCCUAAUCAGAGAAGAGGAAAUAAGAAAUAUAUCAAUAUGAGUAGCAAACGCAAGGCUCCCGCAGCAGAUAACAACCUCAAUGUUGCCAUCUGUGACAUGCUCAUUGAACUGGCAGAUUAUGAGAGGAAUGUGAAUCGGGACAUGCACAGGUACAAUGCUUACCGGAAUGCAGCCAAUGCCAUAGCACAGUAUCCAACCCGUAUCACAAGUGGCAGUGAGGCUCGGCAGAUCAAGGGUGUUGGUGCCAAAAUUGCCCAAAAAAUAGAUGAAUUUCUCAAGACAGGAAAACUGGAGAAAUUAGAGAAGAUCCGAGCAGAUGACACCAAUGUUGCCAUCAGCCUUCUGACCCGUGUGUCAGGGAUAGGCCCUGCCAAAGCUAGGGAGCUGGUGGAGCAAGGCAUCACUACCAUAGAAGAUCUUCACAAGCAUCAGGAUAAACUUAAUCACCACCAGCAAAUUGGACUCAAAUAUUUUGAAGAGUUUGAGAAAAGGAUACCAAGAGAAGAGAUGGAAAAGAUUGAGGAAGAGCUGAAGAGUCACAUCACCUCACUUGACUCCAAAUAUGUGGUCACCAUUUGUGGAAGCUACAGAAGAGGAGCAUCAAACAGUGGAGAUGUGGAUGCCUUGGUCACACAUCCAUCCUACACCUCAGAAUCCAGCAAGUCACCCAAAAACCUCCAUCAGGUGGUGGAGGAGUUGAAAAAGAAACAGCUUGUUACUGAUGUUCUUUCCUUGGGAGAUACAAAGUUCAUGGGUGUUUGUCUCUUGAAGAAGGAACUGACUCACAGGCGGCUGGACAUUCGGCUGUUGCCCAAUGACCAGUAUUUCUGUGGGGUUCUUUACUUUACUGGUUCUGAUAUGUUCAACAAAAAUAUGAGAGCUCAUGCACUGGAGCAAGGUUUCACACUCAAUGAGUACUGCAUCAGGCCACUGGGCAGCACAGGUGUGCCUGGUGAGGCUCUGCCUGUGACCUGUGAGGAAGACAUUUUUGACUAUAUCAGCUACACAUACAGAGAACCUCAGCAGCGAAAUAUGUAAAGUUGUCUCAAGCCAUGAUAGGUGUAUUGCCUGGAAGAGGACUUGUGCAUGAUGAUGGAAGAAACUAUAGAUUCUCACUCCUUAAGGGAAAUGAUGGUUGUAUUUCAGUGAUUAUGUCUGAAUGAGAUUACAACUUCAGCUGAUUUUCCUCCAAUAUAUUUUUGUUUAUAA